GCCAGGCUCAUACUCCCCAGCCAAACCUCUGGGCCACCCCACUGUUACCCAGACAACAGCACCAGGGCCCAACUGGAGUCUGGAUCCUGCCUGAGUCCAGCUGCACACCUUACUACUCGGGCCUCAGUUUCCUCACCUGAGAAAUUGGAGAACUAGUUGCUGCCACCUCGCUGGCUUGGAGAGGACUGAAGGAGACGACAGAAGCCCCCCAGCGCCCAGGCCAUGAAGGAGGAGGCCUUUCUCCGGCGCCGCUUCUCACUGUGCCCGCCUUCCUCUACCCCUCAGAAAGUCGACCCCCGGAAACUCACCCGCAACCUGCUCUUCGGGGGAGAGAAUGAGCUCUACCCUCUCAGCCCAGGGAAGGACAUGGAGCCCAACGGCCCAUCGCUGCCGAGAGAUGAAGGGCCUCCGACCCCAGGCUCUGCCACGAAGGUGCCACCGGCAGAGUCCAGGCUGUGCAACGGGUCUGACAAGGAGUGUGUGUCCCCUACAGCCAGGGUCACCAAGAAGGAGACUCUCAAGGCGCAGAAGGAGACCUACCGGCAGGAGAAGAAGCGGGCCACCAAGCAGCUGUUCAGCGCCCUGACGGACCCCAGCGUGGUCAUCAUGGCCGACAGCCUGAAGAUCCGAGGGACCCUGAAGAGCUGGACCAAACUGUGGUGCGUGCUGAAGCCAGGGGUGCUGCUCAUCUACAAGACGCCCAAGGUGGGCCAGUGGGUGGGCACGGUGCUGCUGCACUGCUGCGAGCUCAUCGAGCGGCCCUCCAAGAAGGAUGGCUUCUGCUUCAAGCUCUUCCACCCGCUGGACCAGUCCGUGUGGGCCGUGAAGGGUCCCAGAGGGGAGAGUGUCGGCUCCAUCACGCAGCCCCUCCCCAGCAGCUACCUGAUCUUCAGGGCCGCCUCCGAAUCAGACGGCCGCUGCUGGCUGGACGCCCUGGAGCUGGCGCUGCGCUGCUCCAGCCUCCUGAGACUCAGCGCCUGCAAGCAGGGCCGCGACGGGGAGCCCGGGUCCUCACCAGACGCAUCGCCCUCCUCACUCUGCGGCCUGCCCCCCUCAGCGGCCAUCCACGACCAGGACCUCUUCCCGCUGAACGGGUCCUCCCUGGAGAACGAUGCUUUCUCAGACAAGUCGGAGAGAGAGAACGCCGAGGAGUCAGACGCUGAGGCCCAGGACCACAGCCGGAAGACCGAGAGCGGGAGUGACCAGUCAGAGACCCCAGGGCGCCCAGCACGGAGAGGGACCACGUAUGUGGAGCAGGCCCACGAGGAGCUGGGGGAGCUGGGUGAGGCAUCCCAGGUGGAGACGGUGUCCGAGGAGAACAAGAGCCUGAUGUGGGUCCUGCUGAAGCAGCUGCGGCCGGGCAUGGACCUGUCCCGCGUGGUGCUGCCCACGUUCGUCCUGGAGCCCCGCUCCUUCCUCAACAAGCUCUCUGACUACUACUAUCACGCCGACCUGCUCUCCAGGGCUGCGCUGGAGGAGGACGCCUACAGCCGCAUCAAGCUCGUGCUGCGCUGGUACCUGUCCGGCUUCUACAAGAAGCCCAAGGGAAUCAAGAAGCCCUACAACCCCAUCCUGGGGGAGACCUUCCGCUGCUGCUGGUUCCACCCCCAGACCAACAGCCACACCUUCUACAUAGCUGAGCAGGUGUCACACCACCCGCCCGUGUCCGCAUUCCACGUCAGCAACCGGAAGGAUGGCUUCUGCAUCAGCGGCAGCAUCACGGCCAAGUCCAGGUUCUACGGGAACUCCCUGUCAGCUCUGCUGGAUGGCAAGGCCACACUCACCUUCCUGAGCCGGGCGGAGGACUACACCCUCACCAUGCCCUACGCCCACUGCAAAGGAAUCCUGUAUGGUACCAUGACCAUGGAGCUGGGCGGCAGAGUGACCAUCGAGUGUGAGAAGAACAACCUCCAGGCUGAGCUGGAAUUCAAGCUCAAGCCUUUCUUUGGAGGCAGCGCAAGCAUCAACCAGAUCUCGGGGAAGAUCAUGUCGGGGGAGGAGAUCCUGGCGCGUCUCUCUGGACACUGGGACAGAGAAGUGUUUAUCAAGGAGGAGGGGAGAGGAGGCACCGAGCUCUUCUGGAACCCAAGCGGGGAGGUGCGCAGACAGAGGCUGAAGCGGCACACGGUGCUGUUGGAGGAGCAGACAGAGCUGGAGUCAGAGAGGCUCUGGCAGCAUGUCACUAGGGCCAUCUGCGAGGGUGACCAGCACAAGGCCACGCAGGAGAAGUUUUCACUAGAGGAAGCCCAGCGGCAGCGGACCCGCGAGCGCCAGCAGAGCCUCAUGCCCUGGAAGCCACAGCUGUUCCACCUGGACCCCGCCACUCAGGAGUGGCGCUACCUAUAUGAGAACCUCAGCCCCUGGGACCCCCUGAAGGACAUCGCCCAGUUUGAGCAAGAUGGGGUCCUGCACACCCUGCAGCGGGAGACCAUGGCCGGCCAGACCACCUUCCUGGGUAGCCCGGAGCCCAGACACCAGGGGCCUGGCCCAGACCGGCGGCUCCGCAAGGCCAGUGACCAGCCCUCCGGCCACAGCCAGGUCACAGAGAGCAGCGGCUCCACGCCCGAGUCCUGCCCAGAGCUCUCAGACGAGGAGGAGGACGGUGGCUUCGUUCCGGGCUGCGAGAGCCCGUGCCCGAGGUGUGGGAAGGAGGCAUGGCGGCUGCAGGCACUGCACGAGGCCAUCGUGUCCAUCCGGGAGGCCCAGCAGGAGCUCCACAGGCACCUCUCGGCCAUGCUGAGCUCCACGGCCCAGGCCAGGCAGGCGCCGGCCCCAGGCCUCCUGCAGAGCGCCCGCUCCUGGUUCCUGCUCUGCGUGUUCCUGGCGUGUCAGCUGCUCAUUAACUACAUCCUCAAAUAAGAACCCGUUGGAGGCAGCGUGGGCAUCGUCUGCAGAACUCCGGCCAGCCCCGGCCCUCCCUCCCUAGCACCUAGCACUUUACGCCGGCCCCGGGGAAGCAGAGAAACCCGGCCAGCACACCCGCUGUGGACAGAGGGGCCCACGGCGGCAGGAGGGACCCCGGGGGGCUGCACGGGCUCCUCUUGGGGAGGCACUAACCUCUCAUGCAGGGCCCUCCGCCCAGCGCCGGCCUUAAUGCUAAAGCCAAAUGCCGCUUUCGUCGUGCGCCCCUCUCCCUGGUCAUCUCGCCUGUCAUUCCUGGUCCACCUUCCACUUGCCAAACAAGACUGACAGAGGCAAGGGAAGAGGGCCGCCCAUUGUUGGAGAAUCACCCCCCAGCAGGGGUGAGUGAGGGUUUGAGGAGCAGGCCGGGAGUCCCCAGGGUUCCCCAGGACCUCCUUGGUCCUGAUGCACAGGCCUCUCCUUCCUCAGACCCUGCCCACAUCGCCCUGGAGAGGCCUCAGGUGGGCUCCGGGGGCAGGCUGGCGCUGCUCUGAGAGGGCAUUUUGGGGUUUCAUUCUGCCGUUGCGCUGUUUGGACAGGAGCCCGGCCUGUGACCUGCCCCACCUCCCACAGCCCGGACAUCCCAAGAUGGGGUGGGCACACCUCAGCACCGGUGUGCGAGGUCCAGCACUGGUGCACAGAGGGCGGCUCGGGGAGCCGUGGUGUCCCCCCAGGUCAGGGAGGCCUGGGUUGGACACGUGGCUCAGACUGAUACACGGUCUUCCCAUUCUACACUUUUUUAAUAAACGCAAUUGCAAUAUUUGAGGCAGGCUGCAAGCAGCGUCUGGCAUCUAGCCUCGGUUCCCGUGUCAAAUGCCGCCCCACCGUGUGUGUGUGUGUGCAUGGGUGUACGUGUGUGUAAGCAUCUGCACAUACAGAUACACACGGAGCCUUAAACCAUGUUGUGCUGGUCCCGUCUGAGCUGAAUGUCUCAUUUCCAGUUUUUGUAUCCAUGUUCUUGUCCUCCCCACCCCAAGUUGGGGACGUGUCUAUGCUCCAUACCUUGAAAUAAACGGACACACACGUU